AAAGAAAGAGAUUGAUCAUUGGAAUGGGUGGUGGAAGGAUUAUAGGACUAAAAGAGGAUAACCUAAAGUGAAGGUGAGAAGAAGAUACUAAUAUUCAGAUUUCAAUUCAGUUCAAUUCAAUUCUCCAGCGAACUUGUUCUUCAGGUUAGUAGUUACUUCUCUCAUCUGUGGCGACUAUGGAGGUGGUAGUAGACAAGCGAAAUCAAUUUCAGAUUUCCAGAACAAUCAUGGAGCUGAAUAAGAAAAGGAAGUUACAAGCUGAACAAUUAGAUUUGCCUUUACCAAAGCAUAAAUUUGGGGAUCGAAACUUCAACUAUGACUACCCUGCUAACAAUGAUGAUGAUGAACUAGAGUCAGUAAUAGAUAGCAACAGUUUCGUGGACGAUUGCGAUUCUUCGAUGUCUAACUCUGCUGAGUCAAAAAUGGAUUCCGGAAAUGCAAAGACAUGUCCAUCUUAUUCUUUGGAUGGAGGAUCUUCUUCCUCCUCUAGCAUCAUCAUUGAUCCACAAAACAACAGCAAACUGAAAUUGGUCCAGUCUUAUCAGGAUGAUGAUCUUUAUGAAUUUGGAAAUCUAAUGGAAUAUGGUUGCUUGGAGCAGCUGGGGAUGGAAGUAGAUAACGAUAAUCGUUAUGUUCUAUCAUCUGGGAGAUGGACAACCGAUCAAGGAAAUGCUGUUACUGAGAGGAAGAGGGAGGAUAAACUAACUAUCGAUAAAGAGUUCGAACAGUACUUUUCUAUGCUUAUGCUUUAAAGGAAGAAGUAAGUUUUCAAAUUCAAUGAAUUCCAUCAUAUUUUAAAAUAACUAUUGUUGAAUGAAGAAGAAAGAAUUACAUAACUGACUAAACUAGCUAAGGAAUUAGGAAAUCAUAAUAAGAAUGAAAUUAGUCACUGACUAGAGGAGGAGGAGAAGCUGCUUCUGCUGCUACUGCUAAUGGUAGGUUCUGGCGGCGGUGAAGAGAAUUUCGAGGUCUGGAGGAUUGAAGUAGCCGUUUUUUGGUGGGUGGCGUUUCGCGGGACGAUGAGUUUUCUUCUUUGGUGGUGGAGGACACAUAGCGGGAGGUGGAAUUUGAAAUUCCCGGCUUUUGGGUGUGGUGCAAUCUGCAUCAUCUUCUUCUUCUUCUUGAUAUAGGUGGAACUCCAUUGAUUGAUGUGGGUAAUGGGUAUUCUUGGGAUCUGGGUAAUUCAGUCAGAUCUGUUUAAGAAUGAUUUGCUGGAGAGAAGAAGAAGAAGAAAGAGGUAUUAUAUUAUAUAAUAUGAAAAGUGAGAAUGUGGGUUGUCUGUGGAAACAGAGAAUUUGGAUCGGAUCGAAGGGGAACUGUUUGGUGAUUGUUUUUUAUAAAGGAAUGGCGUGUUGAAAGAACAGGAGAUUCAAACAUGGCGGCGACAAUUAUAUGUUGACUGACUGGGCUCCUCCCGGCAAAAUUAAUUUGGUUUUUGUUUUUUUCAGUUCACUGUCAAGACAGGAUGCGUGGUGAAUGGUGAUUUGCAAGUGUUGAUGUUUUAUAAUCAUUCCAAACAGGAACUACUUUACACGAAUCGUCUGGCCCAAGGUGUUUUGUUGUAAUAAUAUAAAAUGGCCCAAAUUUAGCCAGCCCAAACGUUUAUCUUUGCACCUUAGAGCUUGUUGUUUGAUCCUGAUGUUUUAGGAUUUUGUUUAAUAAAAAAUAAUGAGAUUGUUAAAAUAUAUUAUAAUGUAAUUUAUUUAGGUUAUUUAAAUAA